AUUCAAAACCGUUUUUCUACAUGUUAGCACCAUAAUAUAGUGUCCUAAUAUCAGUCGCCAUGUCCGAAACCCCCGGGGGAGACCCCCUCCUCAGCGAACUCUGCACAAUUUGCCACAUUAACCCUCCAAAAUAUCGCUGCCCCCGAUGCUCAACCCGAACAUGCUCCCUUCCCUGCUCUCGCCGCCACAAGACCUGGUCCCAAUGCUCCGGUGUCCGCGAUCCAGCCGCCUACCUCCGCCGCAACGAGCUCGCGACUCCCUCCGCAUUCGAUCGCGAUUUCAACUUCAUCACGGGAAUUGAGCGGAGCAUGGAACGUGCGGAUAGAGAUGCAGAAAAUCGUGGGGUUACUGUCGACCACCAAGCAGAGGGGGGAGAGGUGCAGGGAGAUGGGAGUCGGAAGAGGAAGAGGCCGAACGAGGUAUUGGUUAAAGGGGAGGCUGGAUUUUUGCGUGGGGCGCAGAGUAGCGAGGUCAAUGUUAUCAGGGCACCCAAGGGGAUGACGAGGAAUAAGUUGAAUACCUCGAGGUGGCAUCCAAAACACAAAUGCUUAAUCUGGACGAUGGAAUGGAUUGCCCCUGAUGGUGAAAAGAAGAUUCGAACCUGCUUGGAGUCGUGUCGUGUCGCGGAGGCUUAUGAUAGAUUUUAUCCUCUUCCGAAAGAGGAGCGCAACAAGGACCAAGUUCAGGAUCAGGGUCAGCCACCGGAGCAGGAGCAGGUGCAAGAGCAGGAGCAGGUGCAAGAGCAGGAGCAGCAGGAGCAGGUGCAAGAGCAGGAGCAGGUGCAAGAGCAGGAGCAGGUGCAAGAGCAGGAGCAGGCGCAAGAGCAGGAGCAGGCGCAAGAGCAGGAGCAGGCGCAAGAGCAGGAGCAAAAGCAGGACGACAACCAGCAACCGCAAACCGAAUCAGAACCACGGCCAACAACAGAGACGAAUUUCCAACCCGCCGAACAGGAGCAGCCAGUUCAACCAAAGCAAGACGAAACGCAGCCAGAACAAAGCAAGACAUAUCCUGAACCCUCGGAUCCCUUCCCGUCAGACUCACAAGAAAGCGAAAUAAUCCCUCACCGGGAUGUUUACUUCUACCUUCACCGUCCACGAACUGCCACCAAACAGCCCGUCCUGAUCCCCCUACCUCCAGUCGCAACCUUUAUCUCGGCUUUACACAAGCGGACAGUCCUCGAAUUUCCCACCAUCUACGUGCUACCGGAUUCACCAGACGCAUUGCGUGCGACAAACAAGGAGAACGCAUUGUUCCGUUUGGAAGAAGAGUACAUACAAACUGAAAAACCGGGGGAGGACGGAGAAUUUGGUGGUCUGGACGGAGAGGGCGCACAAGGAAUCGAUGAUUCAAUGCCCUCGGUUGAUCUGGCACAGGUGGAUGAAAAGAAAGUCCUCGAGGUCCUGAAACAGGACCUAUUCGAACCUGACCCAGCUGCAGAGCCAUAAGUUACCGCGCCUUCUAAAUCUUAUAGAAAUGACCUCAAGAUGCGCGGAUUUAGUCUAUGAUAGCCCUAAUCUCUUCCUAGAACCCAACUGGACCAUGCAUCCUACUUUGCUUCAUCGCAGUCUACCUAUAUCACUGUACCGCCGGGUCCGUUCUUGCCUAUUAUGACCUAUUCGGUCUGCUCUUUCCAAAACAGGCAUACAGCUGCACCUUCCUAUUCCAUCCAUGUCAUAACCUUCCCAGCGUCCGCCUUUCUCUUUUCAGAUCCGUAUUCGCACCCAUCUUUCCUAGCUCUCA